AUGACAGACUACCAUAAAUCAAUCGAUAUCGAUCACAGUGCAUUGAUCUCUGCCAAGGUUGGUCGAUAUGUCAUAUUAAUACUACCUAAUUUAAUCGAAAUUAGCGGUAUUUCAAGUGUGGGAAGUGUGGCUAAAUUCAGUUUAGCUAAUUAUAAUAUAGUAGCAAGCGUUAAUAGAGAAAUGAAAAUCAAUCGGAGUAAAAUAAAAUUGAUAUCUCUCAUUUUGUUGGGAUUAUGUAUAACGGUGUUGUUUAUAUUGUUGAUGGUACCGGAUUCACCGGUUCAGAAGGUUACGAUAUCGACGAUGGAGAGUAUCAAGAAACUUCCAACAUUUUGGGGAUGUCUCAUUAUUACUAUUGUAUAUGCAAUUUCGCUGGUGUUCUGCUUCCCUGGCACACCUAUUAAUCUUGCAGCAGGCUACAUGUUUGGUGUCGUUGCAGGCUCUGUUGCGACAGUGGUUGGAUGCGAUCUGGGUGCAGUACUCGCAUUCUUUGUGGGCAGACUACUCACAAGAGAGUGGGCCGCCGAACAAAUCAAAAACAACAAGAAAUACAGUCAAAUCGAUCAGGCAGUCGAGAAAAACAGUUUACUUAUCAUCUUUCUCUUACGUCUUUCACCAGUAAUUCCAUUCGGAAUCUGUAAUUAUAUUUUUGGUGCAACCAAAGUAAAGUUUUCAAAGUAUUGGAUUGCUACUACUGCAGGUCUGAUACCAUGUACAGUCGCCUAUACAUAUUUAGGUAGUUUAAUGAGAAGUUUAGCUGAUAUCUAUGCAGAGGGCUCAGAUGAAACAGAUGGACAAUUAAUAUUUAUAACAGUUGCAACUAUAUUUACGGUUGUUAUUAUAGCGGUGAUAACAUUUGUUACAAAGAGAACGUUGAGUAAAGCAAUGAACGAAGAUGUCGAAUUGGAGAACAUUGAAAUCGAUUUGGAUAUGAAACAUGAAUCACUCUUGAUGCAACAUGACGAUUCUCAUAGCGAAGUAGAAAUACGUGACAAUGAAUAUAUCAUUAGAGAUGAAGGUAGAGUCGAGAAGGAAUAUACUUUUGAACAUACGAAUAAGCGUCUGGAUUAG